UUGGGCCAUUAGCAUAUUUCCGAAACGAUGAUUUUGGCCCCUAUGUGGUGCUUUCGGUGAAGAGCUGCUCCGACUCCGAGCUCAGUGUCACUUGAUCAAUUUGGGUGUCAAAAUUCCAUCGGGAAACUGUAAACGACGUAGAAAAUCUCUGCGUCUUUGAUCAAACGAAGAUUGAAGAAAAGAGGGGCACCAAAUAUGGACGCUGAAUUGCUGGAAUUGCAGAGGCAAUUCGAGUUCGCGCAGCAGGCGAAAUCAAGCAUCCGAUUAUCUGAUCGAAACGUCGUCGAAUUGGUUCAAAAGCUCCAGGAGCUUCACAUAAUCGAUUUCGACCUUCUUCACACCGUCUCCGGCAAAGAAUAUAUCACUCCGGAGCAUCUGAGGCAUGAAAUGGCGGUGGAGAUCAAUAAAUUAGGGCGUGUCUCAGUGAUAGAUCUUGCAGAUGUUACCGGUGUUGAUUUAUAUCAUGUUGAGAAGCAAGCUCAACAAGUAGUUUCGGAAAAUCCUGGUCUUAUGUUGAUUCAAGGAGAAAUUAUAUCAGAGUCUUAUUGGGAUAAUGUUGCAGAAGAAAUCAACGAGAGGCUUCAAGAGUGUAGUCAAAUUGCUUUGGCAGAACUUGCUACACAGUUGAAUGUUGGAUCAGAAUUCGUGGCUUCUAUGCUGGAAGCCCGCCUUGGAACUUUGGUAAAAGGUAGGCUUGAAGGUGGCCAGUUGUAUACACCAGCUUAUGUUGCUCGUGUUACUGCCAUGGUUCGUGGUGCUGCGAGGGGUAUCACAGUUCCUACAAAUUUGUCAGUGUUAUGGGGAACUCUGCAGCAGUUGUUGCAUGAAAUGGAUGGAGCCAGUGGUGUCACUGUUGAAAGUUCAUUUUUUCAGUCCAUUUUUAAUGGAUUGGUGAAGGAAAGCAAGGUUAUUGGAUCCCUCCGUGCAGGAGUUCAUUGGACCCCAACUGUCUUUGCAACUGCUCAAAAGGAGUGUAUAGAUUCUCUCUUUUCACAGAAUUCCUUUAUCAGCUAUGAUACUCUGAACAAACUUGGAAUUUCCCAACCUGUCCAGUUCUUGCAGUCCAGGUAUCCUGAAGGUAUACCUAUGAUUACUGCAUUUGCUCACCCAUCCUUGAUUGAGAUGUUGGAUGCUGCUGUUGAGGAUGCCAUUGAGCGUGGUAGCUGGAUUGGUUCUCUUUCUAUAUUACCUGCAUCCUUCGGAUCCCAAGAUGCAGCUAAGAUUUUGUCACUUUGUCCUUCUGUUCAGUCGGCUCUCAAGGGUAAUAAAGCACUCAUCCUUGGAGAGUCAUAUGUAUUCAGUUGUGGUUUUGUCAAGUCCAUUUAUGAUUGCAUGGAAAAAGAGAUGGAUGCCUUUAGUCUCUCAGGGUCUUCUGGUGGUGUGCUGAGUGAUGACUCAAACUUGGUUAAGGAAGUUAAAGUUAGAAAUGAUUUCAGCAAAUCUAGUGAGAUAAGCAACAGUGGUAAUGAGAAAAAGAAGAAAAAGGGAAAAUCAACUGGAAUAAAAACAGCUGAAAGCAUUCCUGAUGAUGAUGACUACAUUCCUACAAAAUCCAAGAGAAACCAAAGGAAAGGCAAGAAUGUGUCUUCUAAUCAAGUGUCAGAUGCAAAAGCAGGAGCUAAAAAGGAUUCAGCCAAAGAGGACAAUCUUAAUGUUCCUUCAGAAGAGUGGGUAAUGCAAAAGAUCCUUUCUGUUGUUCCUGACUUUGAAGAGCAAGGUAUAGAAGAUCUGGAGAUGAUACUUAGACCUUUAUCUAACUAUAUGAGGCCUAUGCUUAUUAAUUAUUUGAAGGAGAGAAGGAAGGCAUUAUUUACUGAGAAUACUGAGAAAAUGAAACGCUUGCUUGAUAAUCUGCAAAAGAGACUUGAUGAGGCUUUCUUAAAUAUGCAGCUGUAUGAAAAAGCACUUGAUUUGUUUGAAGAUGACCAAUCAACUUCAGUUAUUUUGCACAGGCAUUUAUUGAGAACAAUAGCUGCCUCUAUAGCGGAUAUGCUCUUUCAUAAUUUGGACAUGCACAACAAAUUGAAGAAUGGAACUGAAGUUGAAGAGUCUCAGAGUUCAGAACCCAUCACACUUAAUUCUGCAGAAAGAACUGCUCUUGCCAAAAAUUUUCCAGGUUCCCUUGCAAAGAAAGCUCUUGCAGUUGGGGAAGCUUUGGAAGGAAAGCGGGUGGAAGUUUUCAUGACUUCACUGAGAGAAAUGGCAGAGGAAAGUGGCCUACUAUUGAAGAAGCUUGACAAAAAAUUGGAAAGAAGUCUUCUGCAUUCAUAUCGCAAGGAUUUGUCAGCUCAAGUUUCUGCUGAAACUGAUCCAAUAACUCUUCUGCCCAAAGUUGUUUCCCUACUCUAUAUUCAGAUUCACAGUAAAGCCCUUCAAGCCCCAGGAAGGGCCAUUUCUAAUGCUGUGUCUCGACUGAAGGACAAACUAGAUGAUUCAGCAUACAAGAUCUUGACAGAUUACCAAACUGCAACAGUGACACUUUUAUCUCUUGUUUCUGCUGCAACUGGUGAUCAGGAAGAAGACUGCACAUCUGAUAGAAUUUUGAGUAAAAGAGAGUUCCUGGAGAAUCUAAUGCCUGCAUUGAAAGGACUUGUUUUGAAUGCUUCCCAAUCUUGAGAUAUCAUGAUUUCAAAUUUCCCGAGGUGAAUGUCAGCUCAGGUAAAAAUUUGCAUCGACAGGCAAUGACUCGUUUUCUGCAUAAAGUAUACAAUUUCUUAGAUAGAUUGCCAGUUGGUUGGUGACCUUUCUGUAUAUGAGCUGAGAUGGAUGUCGUCCUGCAAUCUGCUGAGUACAAGUGCUAGCAAAUCAUCUGCGUCCAUACUUGAUAAUCGGUCAGUUCAAAAUUAAGGGAUUUUAUGUGGAUGCAAUCACAUAUUAGGUGUAAGAAGUGAAAAACUGUUGUUGGUAAGGCAUAAUACUGUUAGUCUUCAUAUAGAAAAUUUAUCAGGGAUUUCAUGACAUGCCUGAGGGCACUAAUUACAAAUUGAAAUGAUUGUAGUUGAUUUAGGAAGCUUACAUAUAUGCACUGUUGCCUUUUCCUAAUAAGCA